UUGCCCAUAGUUUAACCCCUUGGCCCCGUGCUCGCGGCCAUGGCAGAGUAGCAGCAGAGUCUUCCUGAAACUACAAAGCCCUAGAUUUUCGCCUUGCCCUUUUUCCGAACUCAACGCUAGAACGAUGAAUUUGCUCACAAAGCUACUUUCUACCCAAAUCUCACAACACUGUUCUCGGUCAUCCUCGCAGCCAAGAAAAUGCAUACAAGCCCUAGCAGUCCUCCAACAAGCUUCUUUCAGUUCCUCCAGGACUGCGAGAACUGGAACCACAAAACCCAAAGAACCCUCGCCUCCCACUGCAUCAUACGCGCUUAGUUCUGUAAAACAUUCAAGAGAAUCAGGUCCCGCUUCUUCUUGGCGCAGGCCCAGUGAGAUUCCGUUCCAAGGUAAGGCCGCAAAUUCUGUAAAAGUGAUUGGAUUUGUGGGGCGCCAAGUUCAGUUCCGGACCUUACCUGAUGGGAAGUUUGUGGCCGCCACUCUUAUUGUGCAAGAUAACAAUGAAAUUACUGAUUCCGCGUCUUAUGUGCCUUCCUUCUUGAUUCCUGUUGUGUUUGAGGGUGAUUUGGCUCAUGUUGUGGGCUUCCAUGUGAAGGAAAAUGAUUGUGUCCAUGUGUCUGGGCAAUUGAGUGGGGAUAAAUUGCCUUUUGAAAUAGAUGGAUAUGGUGGGAAUUUCCAUAUUGUGGCUCAAGAUGUCUACUUUGUAGAGGGUGUGAAAGGGAAGAAAACUGGGGCAAAAAUUAAUUCUGGGGAUUUGGAAAAUCUAGAUGAGGUGAAGAAGAUGAAAAAUGGGGAAUCUAUAGUUUCAGAUGAUAGCUUGGUUGGUGUGGACAAUGGUGAUCAGAAUGGGUUGAAUAGCUCAAAUACAACUAUGAAUCCAAGUGUUACUGGAAAUGAGGAUUGGUGGGAUUUGAUCAGGAAUCCAAAUGAUUGGUGGGAUUAUCGCGAAUCUAAGUUCGAGGGGAAAUUGAAAGCUAGGCACCCAGAUUUUAAGCACAAGAACAAAGGUGUUGGACUAUGGCUGAACAAAGCUCCAAACUCUGUGCUAAAGGGACUCCAAGGAGUGGAGUUUAGAUCAAAACAACAGGUUAAGAGCGAGAAGGAGGAGAAUUGGAGAAGUUUGGUGGAGAAACCUGAUAAAUGGUGGGAUAACAGGUUGAACAAAAGAAACGAAAAAUAUCCCGACUUUAAAAACAAAGAGUCGGGCGAAGCAUUAUGGUUAGAUAGUGCACCCGAUUGGGCAAUUCCCAAGUUGCCUCCUUUGCAAGAUGGGAAAGUUGCUUCUGCUGCCACCUGACAGAAAUUGGCCUAUGUCUGUGAAGAUGAUAAGGUAGACUACAUCUCAUUCAGCAGUAGUAAGGGUGAGCAAAAACAAGAAUGAUAUUAGAGUUAUCUGGAUGUCAUGAAUUUGAUUCUUAUCAACACCUUCUCGAUCGCACCCAUUGUACAAGGUAUUUCUAGUAUGGUUUACCUCUCCUAUGUGGUUUGUGAACUAUGACAUUAAAAUGAGUUUUACCCCGUGCAAACUCUCAAUAGUGGCUAUAGAUUUCUCUCAUCACCCA